UUGUCGUACAAGUGAAAUCCAAAGGAAAUCGCGUCGUUUUAAACACGAUAUUAUAAACAAAAUCAUACCUAAGACCCUAAUAUGCAACUUCCUAUUGCAGGUACACGUUUUAGAAGAAAAAGAAUUGAAACAACAAAGAGAUUUUGAAGAAGUCCAUCUUGAAGAGAAAAAUUGUUUAACCGUUACUCGAGGAAGCGAAUGUGAAUUAGCUUUAAAUGACCGUAAUAAAGUCAGCAAUUAUAUCCGUCAAAACAUAGGCAAAGUGAUAAGGCUUUCUUUACUGAUCGAAAUGGAUUUGGCUCAUUUUUGUGCUGAUACUUACUUAAAUGCAGUCUCUCCUACACCAAUACACUCUUUUUUAACAGCUAAUUAUAGAGCUAGGGUUAGCAGUAAAGUUUGGAGAAAAUGCUCUAAUCGGAGGUUUCUCCGUUUGAUUUUCUUUAAAUCCCUCAAAUUUUACAGGCCAAGAAGCGCCUCAGAUGGCCAUCACAAAAUGAUAACUGGAAAUAGAAAGCUGGAUUUAGAAAGGUCGUUUAAUCGAGUAAUGGAUAGAGAAAGGGAAAGGCGUGAAUUAGAAAGGUGUUAUUCGAAUUAUGGAAGUAGAAAAGGCUCUAGAAGACAUUCACAAAAUGAGGAAUUAAUUUUGGAAGAAGUCUCAAUAAUAAAUAAUAUUGAGGGACAAAAUAAAGAGGAAAAGAAAGAAAUAAAAGAAAUUACCGAAAAUGAAGAUAUAAAUAAUAAUUUAAUCAAAAAUACACAAAUUAAACAAAUUAAAACAAUUUCAAAUCAAACAUUAAUAAUCAUCCCCCACCAUCGUGCAGCAGAACAACAUUUGUUUAAAAAAUUGCUCGUUGCCUGCUGUGAAAGUUGUGAACGGAGAGCUUCACUUACAUUAUUAGUCCCCAAUAAUUACCAUCAACACAAUUAUGGAAGAAAAAGAAAUUUUUCACAAUCUGAAGAGGAUUGUUUCAAUCGUAGUUGUUCCGAUUGUGAAAUGGAAAGAGAAGAUAAUGAAGAUGAAGAGGAUAUUCCUUUUGAAUGUGAUGAAGAGAAUAAAGCAGAGAUUCAUGAUACGUUAGCCAAUAUGUAUGUAAAUUUAAGUUUAGUUAAAAAUCAGAAUAUAUUGGGAUAUCAGAAUAUUAGAUAAUAAUCAAUUAAUCUUAUGUGAGUGGUAUUAUUCGACAUAUCCUGUAUGUGGUACCAAAAUAAAUGUGAUAUCUACGAAAAGUGUUCUGGGGCCUAUUUCAAUUGUCCGCAGAUUCUGCAUUCUGUGCACAGAACACAGACCGCAGAAUCUGUGGACAAUUGAAAUAGGGCCCUGGGCUCUGUGAUAAUUUAGGCAUGUUUCUGGGAGAGGUUGAGGGGUAGCAGUCAGGUCCUGUAAAAUCUUCGGAUAUCGGGAGACCCUCAACUAUAUUCGGAACCAAAUCGAAAGACCCUCGAAUAGGUAAGACACAUAAUUUGGAAGAAUCCAGAAGC